UCCCGAGGUGCGAAACUCGCAGCAGUGCACAGAUCACACACGGCAAUCACCGCUCACUCAGCGGCAGCCGCACACAUCUCCUGGCACUGUCGGUCCGGAAUAUUUCGGCUGCGAGCGGAUUGCACGCCAUACUCGAUCGUUUUCCUUUCUUAGCUUCUGGUGCCGAGGAAAUCGAUCGACUUUGUCCGUGUCUUAUCUACAAGUCGAUACCUAGCCAGCCUCGACAAGAUUCAGAAGCCACAGCUCGGACAUACCAGCUCCAUCUCUAAGCCUAUUUGAAUACGAGGCUGCGGGAAAUAAGUACACAUGGAUAAUCUGAUAGGUCUCGUGAAUCGGCUUCAGCAGGCAUGUACGGUGUUAGGAGACUAUGGCGUGUCGAGUGCUGAAGACGCGUUGCCGACGCUCUGGGAGCAGCUUCCGUCGGUGGCUGUGGUGGGAGGCCAGAGCUCGGGUAAAUCAUCUGUGCUAGAGAGCAUUGUGGGGAAAGACUUUCUUCCUCGAGGAUCAGGCAUUGUCACCCGGCGGCCACUGGUCCUGCAGCUUCACAAGGUGGACAGCUCAUCGGAGUAUGCAGAGUUCCUGCACCAGCCGGGCAAGAAGUACACCGACUGGGCUGCUGUGAGGAAGGAGGUUGCGGAUGAAACCGAUCGAAUCACCGGCAAGACCAAGAUGAUCUCGCCUGUUCCCAUCCACCUCAGCAUCUACUCCCCCAAUGUGGUGAAUCUGACCCUGGUGGAUCUGCCUGGCCUCACAAAGAUUGCUGUCGAGGGCCAAUCGGACACCAUUGUGAGAGAUAUCGAGGACAUGGUUCGGCAGUACGUUGAGAAGCCCAACUGCAUCAUCCUUGCAGUGUCGCCCGCCAAUCAAGACAUUGCCACGUCUGAUGCCAUGCGAAUGGCCAGAGAGGUCGAUCCAGAGGGCGAGAGGACAUGGGGCGUGCUCACAAAGCUCGACCUCAUGGAUAAGGGCACCAACGCUCUUGAUGUGCUGGAGGGCCGCUCGUACAAGCUCAAGUACCCGUGGGUGGGGGUGGUGAACCGGUCUCAAGCUGAUAUCAACCGCAAUGUGGACAUGCUGGCGUCGCGGCGCAAGGAGAGAGAGUACUUCCAGACCUCUGCGGACUAUUCCCACUUGGCAAAUCGCAUGGGCACUGAAUACCUGGCCAAGAUGCUGUCUAAGCACCUGGAGCAAGUCAUUCGCUCCAAGAUCCCCGGCAUCCAGUCCCUAAUCAACAACAACAUUGACGAGCUGGAGAAGGAGAUGAACGCGCUGGGCCGGCCCAUUGGUGGUGAAGCUGGGGCCCAGCUAUACACCGUGCUGGAAAUGUGCCGAGCAUUCGACAAGAUUUUUAAGGAGCACCUAGAUGGCGGCCGGCCGGGUGGAGAUCGAAUCAACGCCGUGUUUGAGACGAAGCUCCCAGCUGCUCUCAACAAGCUGCCGUUUGACAAGCACCUCUCCAUCCAGAAUGUGAGGAGGAUCGUAGCAGAAGCAGACGGGUACCAGCCGCAUCUGAUCGCCCCUGAGGGCGGGUACCGGCGCCUCAUUGAGAGCGCACUGCUCAUGUUCAAGGGCCCGGCCGAAGCAGUUGUGGACGAGGUGCACUUCAUUCUGCGCGACCUCGUCCGCAUCUCCGUGGGCGAGACCACCGAGCUGCUGCGCUUCCCCUCCCUGCAAGCAGAGCUCUCCGCCGCUGCCACCCAGUCGCUGGAAAGUUUUCGCGAGAACAGCCGGAAGCUGACCGUGCGAUUGGUGGAGAUGGAGACGAGUUACCUGACCGUGGAGUUUUUUCGGCGGCUGCCCGGAUUGGAGAAUUUGGAUGAGGCGAUGGAUGGGAAGGAGGGGAAGGAUGGGAAGAAGGGGGGUGGGAGUGGGGCUAGUAGUAAGAUUAAGGCGCUCAAGGGGAGCGGGGAUAGGCUGCCCACUGGGGCGGAUCGAUACCAGGAGAUGCACUUCAGGCGGAUUGGCUCCAACGUGUCAACCUACGUGGGCAUGGUCAUGGAGUGCCUGCAGAACGCCAUCCCCAAAGCCGUGGUGCACUGCCAGGUCCGUGAAGCCAAAAGAAGGUUGCUGGACCGCUUUUAUGCGAUGGUGGGGAAGGAGGAUGGCAAGGCCCUGGGGAAGCUGCUGGACGAGGACCCGGAUGUGAUGGCGCGGCGGCAGGCUGCGUGGAAGAGGCUGGAGCUGCUGAGAAAGGCUCGGAAUGAGAUUGAUAGCGUGGGGUGGGCUAGGGUGUAGAGAGGGGAGCGAGAGCAGAGCAGGCAGUAGGGAGAUUGGGAGGGAAGACGAAAUGGGACUGGCAGUGCAGAAAAAGGCAUGGAAGGAGAUCGAUAGUGUGGGGUAGGCUAGGGUGUAGACAAAAAGAAAUGGAGCAGGAUGGCGGUGGAGGAGAGAGUUUUGGGGGGAAUGGCCAGGUCAGGUACGGUACACACAUACGGUAGCAAGGCUGGCAUGUUCGUGUUUCCUUUUUAGACACAUCUCACACAGAGCAUGGUAUGGCACCCAGUAAUGCAUCAGCGUUAACUACCAGUAUCAUAUAGUGGGCAUAAUGCUUGCUCGAGUGCCUUAUUUGUAUGAAUUGCACUGGUACUGUCACAUCGACACAACAAAGCACUGUACAUGGU